CGAGAGAGCGAGGCAUACGACUUUCCACUUGAUCCUGCUCGUCGUCUCCCUGGCCAUUGACUUUCUUCUCCAUACAAGUUGGUAAUGCGCCUAAGUGGUCUCCCCAUCCCCGAGCCCUCCAAGUUCUCGCUCCCCGUGCUUAAAACUCGUCAACCCCUCCGCCGGUUCGCGCCCGCGCCAGCGAUGAUGUCGGUCGAAAAACCCGCGGCGGAGACGCCGGCCGUAGAGCGAGAGCAUCUCCCGCCGGUCCUCCUCCUUCGCCCGCUCUUAUCCCACUUCCACGACGCGCUCGCCCCCAAAUUCCGCUUCCUGAAGCCUUGGGAGUCUCCGCUCCCCCGCGACGAAUUCCUCGCCGCCCACGCCGGCGACGUCCGGGCCCUUCUCUGCGUAGGCCCCUUCCCCGUCGACGCCGGGCUCCUUGCCUGCCUCCCGAAGCUGGAGCUGGUCGUGACCGGGAGCGCCGGGGUCAACCACAUCGACGUCGCGGAGUGCCGGCGCAGGGGCAUCGCCGUCACCAACGCCGGGAACGCCUUCACCGAUGAUGUUGCGGACUAUGCGGUGGCUCUCUUGAUUGAUGUCCUGCGGCAGAUCUCCGCGGCUGAUCGGUAUGUGCGGCGAGGCCUCUGGCCGAUCCAGGGGGACUAUCCACUUGGUCGCAAGCUGGGUGGAAAGCGAGUUGGUAUUGUGGGGCUAGGAAGCAUUGGAUCUGCAGUUGCAAAAAGGCUCGAGGCCUUUGGCUGCACUAUCCUGUACUAUUCAAGAAGUAGAAAGCCAUCCAUCUCAUACAAGUUCUUUUCAAAUGUUACUAAUCUUGCAGCUGAAAGUGAUGUUCUGGUCAUAGCUUGUGCAUUGACCACUGAAACAUACCAUAUCAUCAACAAGGAAGUCAUGCAAGCAUUAGGGAGGGAUGGCAUUAUCAUCAAUGUGGGACGUGGGGCUCUGGUUGAUGAGAACGAAUUAGUCAAGUGUUUAAUGGAAGAGGAGAUUGGAGGUGCUGGACUUGAUGUGUUUGAGAAUGAACCAGCUGUGCCCCAAGAGCUCUUCCACAUGGACAAUGUAGUACUAUCACAUCAUAGAGCUGUGUUCACACCAGAGUCUUUUCAUGGAGUGCUUGAAGUAGUUUUGGGCAAUUUGGAAGCUUUUUUUUCAAAUAGGCCAUUGCUUACUCCAAUUUCGGAAUAGAAAGAAUUCAAGAAAAUUUUUCAACAAUUUAUGACUACAUUAGCCACAUGAGGGUUGAUAAGACUCUGCAUUAUCAUUCAUAGCUAGUGGAAGCCAAGCUGUUGUGCUUGUCUUGUAAGGUUAACAUUUCACAGGGCAAAAUAACAAAUAUUAUUACAAUAUCAGAAAAGUUAGCUUCAUUUCCUAAUUGUGAGAGUGUAUGCUUAUGUUCGGACCUCUCUUACUGCAAUACUGACCUGGUGACCUCUUGAAAGAAAUUUGGGUAUGUGGAUGAUGUGAGAAACUUUUAGGUCAUAAAUUAAUCCAUGGCAGGCCUGCAUAGCUUGCAAGGUUUUAAACUUCUAA